CUUGUCUGCCCGCAGCGUGCCCGUUUUGUCCGUCGCGCUCGCAGCCCCUCGCCAUGAAGGUCGCCGCUGUCGCCUCUUCGCCGCUGCCCGCGGGCGCCGGCGGCCCGCUGAAGGCGGUGCGGCCAGGGGAGGCCGCCCGCUGCGGGCCGGGCCCUGGGGUGUCCCCGGGGGCGGCCGAGCAGGCAGCCGCCGCGUUGCUGUACGAUAUGAAGGGCUGCUACUCGCGGCUACGGGCACUGGUGCCGACGCUGCCGCGGCAUCGGCGAGUCUCCAAGGUGGAGCUGCUGCAGCACGUUAUCGACUACAUCUGGGACCUGCAGCUGGAGCUGCAGUGCGGCUCCCCCCGCCCCGCUGCCGCUGGGGACUCCCCCGAGGCUCCGUGCAUUCCCGCUGCCGAUCGGAUCCUCUGCCGCUGAGACCUCUCUGGACCCUCCACGGACGUCAUUCCCGGGAUUCCGGUCCCAUCACGGACAUCGUCCCCAGGACCCCGGCCCUGAGUACCGCGGCUCACCUGCAUCCCUGGCUCCCCGGCGGGGCUGCCCUGGGGGUCCCCCGCAGCCUGGGCAGGGGGUGCUGUGGGCCAUAUCCUUCCUUCUCAGAUUGCUGAGAGCAUUCCCCGUAUUGUAUAUUACAAUGAUGCUGGAGAAUAUUGUUCUACAAUAGCUGGAGUUUUGUUAUUAAACAAGCCCUUUUCUUUCUGC